ACCACCUGCCCUAUUAUGACUCAGUCCUCCCCCAUCCCCUACGAGGGGAGUCUGGCUCCUAAGGAGUAUGUGGGAGGCCAGGGGGCCCAGGUAGUCCUGGGACCCCAGGCCAUGGGUGAACGAACUUACUAUGGAGCCCAGGUGUGCUCUGGUACCAACCCCAGGAAGUGCCAGGACCUAGGAGACUCAAUUCUUCUGAUUCUGGGCAGCUUCAUCUUGCUCAACAUCGGCAUCAAUGUGGUGACUCUGCUCUGGAGGCAUCUGAAGAGCUCCUUGCGAAUUCUUUUUCAUCAUUUUUUCCCUAAAGACAAGCAACACAGCUGUACAGGCAGCCGUCCCACGUGUGUGCGUUAUCCUGUGACUCCCAAGAUCCUGUGCUCCAAAGCCUCCCCCCGUUUCCGUCGUCACUCGAGCUGCCUGCUUGGGCACCCUCACCACCUAGACUCCUGCACAGCAGAUAUGAAUGACGAGAAAGUUGCUGGGUGCUGCUGGGUGUCACCUCCAUGUGGACACACUCGGGCUCCAUGGAGACUAAGGAAGGAAGGGAUGACGGGAGCAGGAGAAGCCCCUCAGGUCCCACCCAUCAAGGGCCAAGGCACCUUUCUCUCCAAACAACCAGCUUCUUCCCAGUUUGCCAAAAUAAGCAAGCUGGACAGGGUCCCACUCCACUUGCCCCAAGAAAGCAAGACUAAGAACUCAAACUGUGCUGUAGUCCAGGCCCCGGCACAGACCCAUCACCGAUGCCCAAUCCACACUCAGCCCCCUCAGUAUAUGCUCUCAAACCCCUCCACAGCCCAGCUCCACCAACAACCCCCUUCCCAGGCACAGCUCCAGCCCCCAGUCCAUCCCCCUGAGCACACUCCCUCCCAUAUCUCCCCAGAGCAUGCCCUUGAGAACACUUUUUCUCAGACCCAGGGCCACUCCCCGGACCUGGCCCCUGAGCACACCCCAGCCCAAGCCCAGCUUCAGAUCCCAGCCCCCACAGAGGACUCAGUCUGCUCACUGGGCCACACCCCAAAACACUUAUUAGUUCAUGCCCCAUGCCUCCCUGCUCCUUAUGCUAAUCUAAAUUAUACACAAGUCUACACCGGAAACACUGCCCCAACAUUUGCCCCAGCUCCUGCCUCAACUUCUGUCCCUGUUACUAAUUCUGCCCCAGCCCCUACACCAACCCGUUUCCCAAUCUCUGCCCUAAACCCUGCCCUACCACUGGGCAUGACCCUCAAUACCACUCUAGUACCUACUCCUGGCCCUGCUACCACUGCUACUCCCAUCUCUACUCCCACCUCCUCUACCCAGAAUGCCUGUACCCAAGGCACCAGCACUGGCCACAUGGUCUAUAAUGUUUGCAGCGUUAAGCAGAACUUUUCUAAAGUGUGCCCCACAAAGGACCUGGGAAACCUCUCUGGGUGCCCAGCACAGCAACAAUUGAUGAACUCUGGUCCAGCUGAGCAAACAGAGAAGCCACACCAAGGAGACAGUGCCAAGCCCUCUGCAGGGUCCAUACUGGGAUACCUGGAGUUGGGAAAUAUGGAAUGGAAGAUCUCAAAUGAUGCUGAAGAUAAGCUUUUACAGCCCAAGACCUUCCCUUACUGCAGUUUCCAUCCAUGCAGUUCUGAGAGAAGUAAUGCAGAGUCUCAGGUUCCAGCCUACCCCAAAUUCCUGGUCUUCUCGAAGGAUGCCACACCUUCCCAACCUUGCUUCCAUUCUCCAACCAAUACCCAGAGUUCACAGUACAUCAUUCCUCCACCAUGUACCCUUUCUCUGCCUCUUGUUUCUCCUAAAUCCUUUGUCCCCUUUUAUCAACUCACUAACCAACAAAAGUUUUCUACCUCAAUACAAUCCACAACCUUUCUCCCAACCUCCAGCUCUCCUCAGUGCAGUCCCUCCUCCAACUUCUCUACCUCUCCUCAGUGCUCUGCAGUUUCCCAGUCCCCAGCAAAAUCCCAGUGCUCUGAACCUCAUGAAGGUCUAGGCCUCACCCAAGACCCCUGUCUCCAAAAGACUCCAGGACCUUCAGAAGACUCUAGUGUUUCCAGGAACUCAGGCCUUACCCAAAUCCUAGGCCUCUCCAGGAACCCAGGCCCUACCCAAGAUCGAGGUAUCCAUAAAAACUUAGGUCUUAUGCAAAAUAUAGGCCUACCAAAAAAUCCAGGCCUCACCCAAGACCCUCAUCUCUCCAAGAGUCUAAAACCUUCUCAAGACUCUGCCCUUCACAAGAAACCUAUAAUUACCCAAGAUUCUGACACUCAAAAGAGCUUAAGUUCUACUCAGGAUGUUGGUAUAAUUCAGAAACCAUGUCUCACCCAACCUUCUAAUCACCACAAAGACACAUCAACUCCUCAAACAUCUGACAUUAAGAGUUCAGGAUUUAUUCAAGACUCUUCAGUUCAUAGAAAUCUUAAACAAAAUCAAGAGACCAUAGUCUACAAAAAUCAAGAUCUCUCCGAGACAACUGACCUCCAUAACAACCCGGAUUCUUUUCAAGAUUCUGGAGGUUGCAAAAGUACAGGUAAUACCCCCAAACCUGGAGUUUCUAGGAGUUUAGGCUUUUCCCAAGAUUCUGACCCACAGAAAUACCCAGGCCCUACCCGAGACUCGGGAGUAAACAAAAGUGUGGGCCUUUCCCAAGAAUGUGAUCUCCACAAGAGCGCAGGCCUCCAUAAGGGCUCUAUUCUCCAUAAAGGCUCUAACUUCCAUCAGAGCUCAGGUCCUACCCAAGACUCAGGUGACUAUAAAAACCUAGGCCUUCCCCAAGAUUCUGAUCAUUGCAAGAAUCCAGGCCUUACCAAAGCCGCUAAAGAUGAAAGGAGACUUAGCUUUGCUCAAGAAGUUGGGAAAAACAGGCACCCAGAGCAUACUCAAGACCCCAGUUUCCAUAAGUUCCCAGGGAUUAAUCAACAACCCAGUCCCCAUAAAGACCUAGCCCCUAUCCAAGACUCUGGCCUCCCUAAAACUCUAGGCCUUACCCAGGAAUUACGUUUCCGCAAGGACUCACAUCUUAUCCCAAAUCCUGACUCCCACAGGAAUGCAGGUCUUGUUCUAGCUACAGAAUCUGUCCAAGUCUUGGGCCCACCUCAGGCCCCAAAGUCAACACAGUCCCUGAUGAAGCCAUUUGUAUCUAAGGAGGCUUCUUGGAAGGAGCGUGCAGAGCAGCCUCUACCAUGGAGAUCUGUUCCAUUCAGUGAGACUUCCUGCUCUCCCAAGACCCAGAUGAUCUGCAAUGGCUUGCAGACCUUCUCGGAGGUCCCUGUACUAAUUGAACUGCAGCCACCAUCCUCCCGGCGAGCAGGCAGCCAGGACUGGGUGUACCGCCCUCUGGAUACAGUUUCUUCAGCCUACCAGAACUACCGCCAGAUGUCUAUGCCUCACGCAAUCAACUGGAAGCCCUACUAUGCUGGGCCAAGUACUCGGGUAGGGCAUAUGGUUUUUGAUGCCCGCCAGAGACAGUUUGGAGUGGGCAGGGACAAGUGUGAAGCUCUAUCUCCCAGGCGCUUUCGACUAGAUACAACAGCCAUCAACUCAACAGAGGCAACUGCAUGGGGACAUCAGUGUGUGAUGAGGGCCUUGGAAAAAGAAGGGAAGAAGGAAUAAAGAGAAAAGAGAAA